CACCUUCUUGUCCCAUGCACCAAUAUAGAAAUCGUGUGUAAAUUAUGGAACUUGAAUACAAAUAAUUCAUCAGUAGUUUACUGAAUAUUUUGGAACUGUGACGUAUUUUCGGUAUAUUUCUGAAAGUCAGACUGUAUAUCUAUCAAUUUCGCGGUCACACUGACGGUCGCAGAUAUUAAGUAGCAAAAAAAAAAAACGUAUCGAGUCGAGAGUUGCAGAAUUAUAGCAAUUAGAAUACCGCAAUCUAGUUAAGGUGGCUAACAAAUUCGCGUUGUUGGUUUGUUGUUACAAGUAUCGCGCAUCGAUAGGGAAAAUCGUCUAUUGCAUUUGUAUACAGAGCAGGUGGUGUUGUCUCUCUCAGGCUUGCACGCUCGCUCCUGAUGUGCGAGCGAAACAACAACAAACAAGUUACAAGUUCCAACACAAUUCCAUCUUCAUUCAAUGCAAAACUGGAGCUAGACUCCAGCAAAGACGACACCAUUCACUCCGCAAACUUGAACAAAAAACUCGUCAAGAUUAAAAAGUUCAAGCUGGACGAUAUGAAGGAAAUGGUGGGCGGCUGUUGUGUUUGUUCGGAUGAGCGGGGGUGGCCGGAGAACCCGCUCGUCUACUGUGACGGCCAAAACUGCAUGGUUGCCGUGCAUCAGGCAUGCUAUGGCAUUGUGACGGUCCCCACCGGACCCUGGUAUUGUCGCAAAUGUGAAUCCCAAGAGCCCGCCUCCCGCGUCCAUUGCCAUUUGUGCCCCUCAAAGGACGGGGCGCUCAAGAAAACAGAUCAAAACAAAUGGGCACAUGUGGUGUGUGCUCUGUAUAUACCCGAAGUGCGAUUCGGUAAUGUCACCACCAUGGAGCCCAUACUUAUAUCGCAGAUACCGGAGGAACGCUUCCACAAAGCCUGCUACAUUUGCAUGGAGAUUGGAAAAAGUGGCCGUUCCACCAAGGGUGCCUGCAUGCAGUGCAACAAAUCCAAUUGCAAGCAACAAUUCCAUGUCACAUGCGCCCAGAGCCUGGGUCUGCUCUGCGAGGAGGCAGGCAACUAUUUAGAUAAUGUGAAGUACUGCGGCUAUUGCCAGCAUCAUUAUAGCAAACUGAAAAAGGGCGGCAACGUCAAAACCAUACCGCCAUACAAACCCAUACAACAUGACACCUCAUCCGAUUCGUGUUCGUCGCCCGAGAAGGAUAUUGACUCCACAAUGAAUGCAUCAGCUACCUCGGCAACGAGCAUUAAGAUAACCAGCAGCUGCAGCAGUGCCAACAGUAGUGCCUUGAACGCCAGCUCUUUAGGGGCAGUCUCCGGAGGCGGCAGCGGCAGUGGUGUGUCCUCAUCGUCCAAGCAGCGCAAGAGCAAUGCAUCGGGCAAGUCAUCGAGCAGCAGCAGCAGCAGCUCCUCAUCAUCAUCCACGGGAGUGGUGAAUCCCACCUCCAGUUCCGCAGGUUCGGGCGGAGGCAGCAAUCUGCCAGUCGGAGGAAGCCUACUACCAUCGAGUAGUAGCACUAGCAAUAUUAGUAAUAGUACCAGCACCAGUCUGCCGGCUGGCACAGGAGCAGCAGCAGCUGCUGGCGGAAACGUGGCCGGUGGCAGCAUAAGUGCAAUAAAUCUACCUUCCUCUGGCAGUGGCUCUGGCUCUCAGAAGGCCUCCGCCACCAGUCAGUCGACAACAUCGGCAAACACCACAACAAAAUCCUCGGCCAGCAGUUCGAGCAGUAGCAGCAGCUAUAAGGACAAGCAUAGCAAAAGCUUGAGCAAGCAAUCAAAUUCAAGCAAGGAAAAGGAUAGCAGCAAGGACAGCGGAAAUAAUCCCCCUAGCAGCAGCACGAGCAGCAGCUUAUCGAAUUCAACAGCCACCUCAACAUCUACGAGCUCCUCUUCGUCGCGGGAGAAGUCUUCGUCGAAGUUAUUGAAAAACAAGGACACCACACCCAUUCAAAUUCCAAGUGCCACAAGCAGCAGUUCGAGUAUCAGCACAUCCAUCAGCAGCAAUACCCAGCCGAGCAACAGUUCGUCAACUCUAACAGCCGCCAUUGGUUCUGCCGCUGUAAGCAGCCCUGUGGCUGCCCUAUUCGCCGCUGCAUCAGCCAAUAUCUCGAAUCAUGCCCAAAACCUAAGUACGAAUGGAGGAGCAGGCAGCAAUGUGAGCACUCAUCUGAAUGCCAGCAGCAGCCGCAGCACGGGUUUCGGUACAGAACUACGUCCGGGCAGCAGCACUUUGAAUGACUCUUCUUCGGUCAUUGCGGCAAGCAGCAGUGCUGACACUUUACCAGGCGCUGGUUCGUCUGCAAGUAAUCUGACUGCAGGCCUGGGCCAGGGCUUAAGCGGAGGAGGAACAGUCUCCUCCACUGUGGCCACUAAUUUGACCACAAGCAAGGCAUCCUCAUCAUCUGCAGCAACCUCGUCGUCGUCUUCCGUCAGCAAUCCCACACAAACCACGAGUGUGGCAUCGAAAAAGCGUAAAGCCGAUUCGGUGAAGCAGUCAAGCGGCAGUGGCAGUGGCCCACCACUCAUCGCUCCAUCAGCCUUGGACGAUAGCAAUAGGUGGGCUACGAGAACGGCAAAGAAAAGUUCAUUUCGCGAAUUGAUCAAGGAUACACACGUGACUCUGACGGCACUAACAGAUUUUGAAAAGGAAAUAGAAAAGAGCUCCAAGAGGCAACGAACGGAACUUAGUCCGCCGACCCAUCAAACAUCCGCCACUGCCGAAGUGAAUGCCACAUUAGCACCCGCCAUAAGCGCCACAAUAGCUGCCACAGCAAGUGCAACAACGGCAGCAGUGACAUCCGUGGCCGGAGGAACCACAACGGGCAGCAGCACUUUGAGCAGCAAUGCCACAAGCAGCAGUACAGCAGGGGGAGCAGGAGGAUCGGCAGCAGCACCAGCUGUGGGCGGAGCGGCAGGAGUGGGAGCCAGUGGCUAUCCAAAGACAGAUUCGAGUAGAGCCAAUACCAGCGGAAGCAGCAGCAAACACAGCAGCAGUGGCAGUGGCAGUGGCGGUAUUAAGGAGAGCAGCAGCAGCAAUCCAACGCCACCUGCGAGUGGGAGUGGCAGCAGCAACAGCAAUGCCCCCAGCCUUUACGUCUCUGUGCCGCUGUCGACAGCCAAUGUACCUGGAAUCAAUCUGCCAUCGAGCAAUAGCAGCAGCGCCGCCACGAACCCCAGCGGUGAUCCCCAUGUGACGGCAGCUUCACGCAGUACCCAACAGCAGCAGGCGAAUCAGUCAGCACUGAGUACUGCAGGAACUGCAGGAGGAGCGUAUGCAACAGCAACAAGUGGCGGCGCGGCCUCAACGGUUAUUCAGCAUCAAAGCGGAAAAUCAUCACCGGCUCUCGGCGGCAGCGGCAUCGGUACCCUAGUCAGCGGUAAUAGCGGUGGCAGCAUCAUCUCCGCCAGCACCGGCAGCAGCAGCAGCGGCAGCGGCGCCCUGUCCACUGGAAAUCUGACGGCCACUACCACAGAGAGUGGUAACCUAAAGAUCAGCUACGAGAAGCAGACAACGCGAGUACAACAGCUGCAAGAGCAGGAGGCACCGCCAGCCACGUCGCGCAGAAGCAGAUCGCGCUCUGGUGAGAGCAGUAGCACGAGUAGUCAUCAUCACCAUCAUCAUCAUCACUCGCAGAACCACCACCACACGAAUGUUGUCCCCCCAAACCAUCCAACACAGGGGCAGCAACAGCAUCUGACGUCGCUGCAAUCGUUGCACACUGCCGCCAGCGUAGGCGGCACCUCUUUGACCACCCCCAUCGCACCCGUCAGUAGCUCUGUCAGCAACGCAUCGAACACCAAAGCCACAUCAGGUGGACGUUCGGGUAAAAAGCGUGGAGCGGCACUCAAUAAAAACGAAACCAAUGCCCCGGGAGUAGCAUCGGCAACAGGCAAUGUUGCAGCUGCAGCAGCAACAACAGCCAUAGCGGAGAAGCAUAGUCGUCAUAGUUCGCCUCAUCAAUCGCCAAGUGCUGCUGGUCUGCCUGGAGGCAUUGCAUCGCCAGUGGUGCUGACGCUCUCCUCCUCGCAGUCCUCGAUAGAUUCGCCACCCGCCGUGGCACCCACAACGACACCGACUCCUCCAAACAGUCGAAGCACGCGCAACAGCAGUAACAGCCUCCUACUGCAUAGCAAUCAUAAUGGCGAUCAGACCUCAUCCUCGAGCUCAUCCUCCACUUCGUCCUCGUCCAUGUCCUCGAGUGGGGGUGCCUCCAGUGUCCCUGUCGUAAACCUUUUGGACUCCCCCGUCAAUAUGUCAACGAGUGUGCCGUCAGUGGGUUACAGAGUGGGGAACACGAGCACGAGCACGAGCACGAGCACGCCAACUGGCAAGGGAACCACAACUCCGGAUGGGAACUAUGGCGGAAGCAGCAGCAAUGGCGGUGGCACCACCAAGCCUUUGAAUAAGAAAAUGCUGCGUGCACAGCAGACGCAAUUGUUCCAACAGCAGCAACAGCAACAGCAGCAACCACCACAGACAUAUGCACCAAUAAUCCCUGCUAGAACCACAUCCCCCACAAAUCUAACCUCUGCCUCACCCUCCUCCUCAGCAUCAGUCCCAGCCACAGCCACAGCUCCAAUUCAGGCAAACUUUUUGCAUUUGCAACAGCCACAGCAACAGCAGCAGUCACAACAGCAGAAUCAGCAUGAAGAUCUAGAAAUAUUACAAUUCACUAAUUCGAUUCCUACCAAUCCUUCUUCCACCUCCACGACAACAACAACGAUAACGAAAUCGAACAGAACUCCGGAUCUUGCAACGACAUCGGCCGCAACGACAUCAUCACUGCCAAGCACAACAACGCUGACGAGUCAGCAGUCGAGCCAAUCGAUUAUGCCCCUUGUGGGUGGUCUCAAGUUCUCGUACGAGAGUCAGACGCAGCACCAGCUCAUGGAUGUGGCCAUGCUGCCGGUAAGCUCCAUCAAGGACUCGCCGCCCAGUUCGCCAGGAUCCGAGAUUGGUGGCGCAACGCAGUUGCAUACGACAGCAGUAUUGAGUGCCACAGCUGUGGCUGUAGCCGCUCCCCAGCCUGGAAAUGUACGCAAGCGUGGACGCAAGGCCAAGGACACGACGAUAGCUGCGGCAGCAGCGGCGGCAGCACAAGCAGCAACGGUGGCCGCAGCAGCUGCCACAAACGUCCAGCAUCAGCCAGAUCUCAAGGAUGUGCGCAUCCUGCAAAAUGGAGCUGCCAGCAGUAGCUCAUCGAGUGGUCCGAUUAGUACCCCCACGCCGCCGGCAACACCGGCAGCAGCGUCCGGAGCGUCGGCGAGUUCGAUCAUAGCGCACACGGCCACCCACAUGCUGGGGAAUCAUGUGAAUCCCAAUAGCAGUGUGGCCCAGAAGCUGUCGGAGCAGCUGCACAUGGAAGUGCAGGAUCAUGCCAUCUACACGAGUGAUGCCAUGAGUUCGCAAUGCGCGGGAGUGCCAUUCCCUGGCAAACAGCGAAAUAAUACCAGCACCGCCUCCAUGAAUGCCGCACCGGCACCGAAUCCACUGCAAUCAAUGUUUAGCGGUGGCGGAAUGAAUAGCAAUAUGUCGAUACCCCAAAGCUUAGAGCAGCUGCUGGAGCGCCAAUGGGAACAGGGCUCACAGUUUCUCAUGGAGCAGGCGCAGCAUUUUGACAUUGCUUCCCUGUUAAAUUGCUUGCAUCAGCUGCAGAGUGAGAAUCUGCGCUUGGAGGAGCAUGUGACCAGCCUGAUAGCGCGACGUGAUCAUUUGCUGGCGGUAAAUGCCCGCCUGCAGAUACCGCUGAAUCCGAUCGCCAACAAGUCCGAGGCGCAUGGUAAGUAGAGAAGGCAUAA